AUUUGAUUAGCGCAUCACAUUUCUUGGAAAAAUGAGCGUAUUCAAUGAUGAUGAGCCGAUUCUUCCAACCCAAGACGACUCAGGGGACAAACUUGCAUCGUUCUCAGAGUUCAACGUGGGGAAAACAAAGGCGAAAAUCAUCAACAGAACAAAAGCGCCACUGAUAGAAAGCCCAUUCAAGGUGAUGGUGGAGCUCACGGGGGCAGGGUUUGACAAUGAUAGACCCGGAGUAGAUCUUGUGAUGGUCUUAGAUAUCAGCGAGAGCAUGAAGGGACAGAAGUUGGCAAAAAUGAAACUUGCCAUGCAAUUCUUGAUCAGGAAACUUAGCCCGGAUGAUCGUUUGUCUGUCGUCACAUUCAGUACUGACGCCAUGAGGUUGUGUCCGUUGCGCCAGAUAACUAAAAAAUCUCAAGUGGAGAUUGAAAAUCUAGUCAAUGAUUUAGAGUUUGAGAAAAAAACAAACAUCACUGCUGGCCUUUUAAUGGGCUUAAAAGUUCUUGAUGAGCGCAAACUUACCAACGGUCGUGUGAUUGCCAUCAUGCUUAUGUCCGACGGUUGGCAAAACCUUGGUGAUGAUGCUACGAAAAUUCAGGUCAAUGACGUGCCAAUAUACACAUUCGGUUUUGGCCUAAACCACGAUCCAAGUGCGCUCAAAACAAUUGCUGACAACAGCAUGGGAGGAACAUUCUCAGAUGUUCAAAACCAAAACAACUUGAGCAUUGCAUUUUCGCAGUGUUUGGCCGGGCUUCUCACCGUGGUUGUUCAGGACCUACAGCUGACUAUCAAACAAGGUGACCAAGAAUCGACAAUCGAGAAGGUGUCUGCCGGAAGCUAUCCACAAUCCAAGAAUGCUGAUUCUGUAACUAUUUCGUUUGGCGAUCUCUAUAACAAAGAGGUACGCAAGAUCAUAGUGGACCUUCGUCUCCCUAAAGUUAAUGAAGAAAAAACCGGCGUGGAGAUUGUCAAAAUCACUUACAAGUACAGAACUACUGGGGGGCAAAAGCCAAUAUUUGAAGGCAAUCCUCUAUUCGCCACCAUAGACCGUGUUGGGACAAUCGUAGAGGGAGAAAGAGAGGAGGUGAUGGUAGAAGGGAAACGCCUCGAGACUGCGGGGAUGAUGAAAGAUGCAAGACUGAUGGCGGACGACAACAGGCUGGAGGAUGCUAAGGACAUGCUCGUAGACGCGCAGAACAAGCUUCACGAUUUUGUACUGGGUGGUGGUGCGCCUAAUCCGUUGAUUGAGAUGCUGAAACUUGAGCUGAAAGAGCUUCUAAGGUUGAUGCAAUCCCCGGAAAUCUACAAAAAACGAGGGCGCCCAUUUGCACUCUCUUCUGAGAAUUCUCAUGCUCGCCAGCGUUUCGCAGCGAAAGGUCGUGAUGUGGAAAAACUGCGCUUAUUUUCCACUCCGCGUAUGAACGCGUACCUUAAGCAAGCCAAGGCAUUCGACGAGGACCCGAGCAAGGCAUUGCCUACGGUUAAAGACGAUGUGAAGCAAGAACUUGCUGCCGACCCCUUUGGUCCCCUCAGUGGAGCUCUUAGCUACUACAUCCAGAUAGCCAUUCAGGCUCUCAUCUCCGUUGACAAGAUACUCAAUACAAGUCGUUGAAUGUAUGCAUCUGUGCUUAAUUUAAUUUCUUUUUUUUUUUUGCUGGAAAAAAAAUAA